UCAUCUUUUUCCUUUUUUAAUUAUUAUUUUUAACCGCUGCCUUCCUGGAGACCACUUAGGUGGAAACUUCCUCUGAAGAUCCGAAGCUGCGCCAGAGCAACUCCAGAUUGAAUUGGGUUUACACGGAGAUUUAUUCCAAAGACCAUGAGAUAAUUAUCACCAGCUAAGCAACAAGACAACCAGGGUUUAUUACUGCAGUUCUGGAAUGUUACAUCCUGUUGGCUGGCCCGUCUGUAAUUGUUCUGGACACAUGUUGAAGUAGCAGAAAAGGAGAUUUGCAACUGGAAUCCAGGUGGAAAGCUACAACAGUUGGAACACCAGAGAACAACUGGUGAAGAAGGAAAUCCGUGAAGUCAUGGAUAAGGACAGCAUGAGCCUAGCUGACCAGCAGUAUGAAUGUGUAGCGGAAAUUGGUGAAGGAGCUUAUGGGAAAGUAUUCAAGGCUCGGGACUUGAAGAAUGGAGGGCGCUUUGUAGCCCUGAAGAGGGUGCGGGUGCAGACCAGCGAGGAAGGGAUGCCGCUUUCCACUAUACGCGAGGUGGCAGUCUUGAAGCAUCUGGAAACAUUUGAGCAUCCCAACGUGGUCAGGUUAUUUGAUGUAUGCACGGUAUCCCGAACUGAACGAGAAACGAAAUUAACACUGGUGUUUGAACAUGUUGAUCAAGACUUGACCACUUACUUGAAUAAAGUUCCAGAGCCUGGUGUUCCUAGCGAAACUAUAAAGGAUAUGAUGUUUCAGCUGCUACGAGGCCUUGAUUUUCUGCAUUCACAUAGAGUGGUCCACCGUGAUUUGAAGCCCCAAAACAUUCUAGUCACCAGCAAUGGACAAAUAAAAUUAGCUGACUUCGGCCUUGCGCGGAUCUACAGUUUUCAGAUGGCUCUUACUUCUGUGGUUGUUACUCUGUGGUACAGAGCUCCUGAAGUUCUGCUUCAAUCCAGUUACGCAACACCAGUUGAUCUUUGGAGUGUCGGUUGUAUAUUUGCAGAAAUGUUCCGUCGCAAGGCACUUUUUCGUGGAAACUCUGAUGUUGAUCAGCUAGGAAAAAUCUUUGAAGUAAUUGGGCUUCCUGAAGAAGAAGAUUGGCCUAAUGAUGUUGCCCUCCCAAGGAAUGCUUUUGCUUCUCAAUCCCCGCAGCCCAUUGAACUUUUGGUAACAGAUAUUGAUGAACUGGGCAAAGACUUGCUACUUAAAUGUCUGACAUUCAAUCCCAUGAAGAGAAUAUCAGCUUAUGAUGCCUUAUCUCAUCCUUAUUUUCAUGAUUUGGAGAAGUGCAAAGAGAAUACAGAUUCUGAUGUGUCUUCCAGUCAAAACUCCACAGAGAUGAAUUCAUUGUUUGGCAUAGAAUUAGCUCAGGGAACACAUGCAGAAGAACCUCUCUUGCCUCCAGUUCAGCUCCUUGGCUCUGAUCCAAAGGACUUGCUCUAGAACUCACAUGGGCUUGCAGUUUCCAGCAGGACUGUUAACUUAUUUCUGAGCACAGUUUCUUGGGCUGCGGCAGAAGCCCCUCUGAGGAGUUUUAGAUGGAAGUGACUCAAAACCUUGCUGCGCAUUUGGAGCCCACCAUAUAUAGCUCUUUGGAUUGGACUAAAGAGCGGUAGAUCAGAUGCUGAGGAAAAGUCUUCUGGAAAAGUCUUCUUGCAGCAUGAUAGGAGUUUUUCAUGUAUUGUGUGUGUAUUGCAGCCUGCACCAGCUACGCUAUUCACCAGCAUACCGUAAAAAUGUGUGUCUUGUCUAUGAGAAUUGUUUCAGUGUAAGAAACAAGCUAGUUUCAUUCCUAAUAUGGUCGUGAGGACAUUAAAUGUACCGCUGUAUUUAACAUUAUUCUGCUUUCUUGAUUUGGCCUAAAUAUACUUAAGUAGCCAAAAUAUGCAAUUCAAAGCUUGCAGUCUAAGAUAACUUGUAAUGAGUUCUAGAAUCUUCUACUCUAUUGCAGGAUAUUACCUGGAAGUUUAUCUUUAGCAUACAGUACUUUAUUUUAGUCCCUUGGACAGCCACAUGUCACAAACUGGUUCUGCUUGCUAUCAGCCAUUUUCACAUGACUAUUCCUCUUGCUAAAAGGUGUUAUCUGAUCACGUAUGUAUUGUGCUAAUUUCCCCUAUUUAUAAUAAAAUAUGCAUAUGUUAUUCACAUGUACAAAGGACAGAUUUAUUGGCUGCUAGAAAUUACGAUUACUUUAAAAUGUAGAAUAAUCCAGAAAGAUACCACCUCAGAUAUCCUUGCAGCUAACAGCAACUUCUUUAAGGCUUAUAGAUUUUAUUAGAUAGCAUAUAAAUUCAUCAAGUAAUGUAAUCAAAUACAAAAGGCACAUUGUGUUUGAAAAAGUUAAGCAUAUUUACAGUGUUUCUCUGAAAGCUUUUAGCUAGUGUUCCUCUUUUGAUGAGACGAGAUGAGAUUUGCUAGCAUGGGUUGUAGUUUAAAAAUUCUACCUUACAUGGAUAAAUUAACCUCACAUAUUUUAUUAAAUCAUCAUAAACUAGCUUUUAUUCAUAGUAUUUCACUUGCUUAAUGCACAUGGAUGUAAUUUUAGUUGCAGAAUACAUGGGAAGUGACAAACAGUAAGAGUCAGGGUUACAGAAGACAGUGGAUUUUGGUCUGGAGGAAUUCCAGGUAUACUUAAGGAGAUCUAAGCACAUCCUUAAAUUUAAGCAUCCACCUGGCUAUAAAGCAACAGGAAAUAGCAUGUAGGUGAGAGAACUGCAGGUAGAUAAGAGAAUGGAUAUGUGCUAUCACCCUUCUGUUCUCAGCAUAGAAACCAAGCAGGCUUCAGAAAUCAUCUCCUCCUCUGCCAUGCAUAGAAGAGCAGUAGCUGCUGGAAGCUCACAGUUGCUUAAAUCUCCUCUGCCAGCUUGCCAAAGCUAAUAAACUUCUUUUUUGCAGGUUAGUAACUUCUAGAACCUUCUUUAGAAGGUUGUUUUGAUACAUAAUUAGCAGCUUGCAUCCAACAACUUACUUUGCAUUCUUCUCUGUAUAUUCAGCAUGUCCUGUUCAUAAUAUUGUUGAUUAAAUUGUCAAAAAUUAGUAUAACCAGUCAGUUGUAUAUUUAGCAAAGGAACAGUUUCAAUAUAAAUUCUGAAAGGAUCUUGCCAGAUUAUUUUAUUGUCUUUUCAAACUGUGCAGCCUGAUUGUUUGCUUCUUUUAAUAUUUAUCUAGUGAUUUCAAAUUCUAGUGGAAUUUUAGUGCAUAAGAAUUAGAAUUACAAAUUUCUAGCAGCGUGUCCACAGUUCUGCUGCCUGCUUCCAUUUUGAUGAACUUGCUCUGAAUUGAAGUUAUUCCAAUAGUUGCAGAUAACAGAAUUGAUAAAAACAGAUGUCUUUGCCUUUAGUCCACAGACAUUUGAACUUUUGUUUAGAACUGGCCAUUCACUGUUUUUGUUGUUGGGUUCAUAUAAAUAUUUAAAUCCUCAACUUGCCAAGUGGACAUUUCACCCAUUGAAAUCAAUGACCCUUUCAAAUACUAAAUUCAGGAUUGGGACUUUUGAUAAUGUUCUAAACAUUCACACAUACUAUCAUCACUAUUAUUAUUUACAUUAGCAGAAUGCAGAAAAUUCAUGAAAAGCACGUGCACCAAGUUGUGAAGUUUCUUUUCCUUUUACAUGUAACAGAGCAUGUUGUCAGUUUCAAAGCAUAUGGACAAAUGAAAGUACAAGUCCCAUCAUGAUUGGAGUUAAAAUUGUGGUAGAGUUCUGAGAGAUUCAACGUAGGAAGAUCUGAAUGGAAAAAAAAACAAUACCAGAGAUUGCUAACAUAGAACAUGCAGGUUUGAUCAAAUACCAGGGCUCAAACCUGUAAGUCAUGAAGAAAUACAGGCAGAUGAAGCUAAAUAACUGGCAUUCAGAAAGAAUUGAUUUACUAGGCGAAACACUGGAGAAACAAAAAAAAAUGUUACGAAGCCAUAGAAACAAAAUCAACAUCUGGUUAUCACAUCAGAUGUAAACCUGAGUAGAAGCACUUAGCAAUACUUGGAGUCCAAAGGAACCAUUGGGCUACCAGCAGGGUGUGAUGUUUGGACCAUGGCAGAGAAGAUUAUGUUGUCUUCUACUUUCCAGUCUAAAUGAUCUCAUUCCAGGGUUGCCCUAAUAACGUGCAAGCCUGGCUAUGUGCAAUGAUUAUUUAAAUAAUGCUUCUGGAUCUAUUUCAGUUGUUUUUCUCAGGGGAAUUUAUUCAACAAUUAGCCUAAUGCAUACUGCAUCUCCUAAUAAAACAUGCAUCAAACAGCUGCAUUCCCAAACAAAUCAUUGGCUUUCUCUCUUGCAUCUCACAACAAAGGAUAACAACUGUACACAUUUAAGGAUUCCUGGUUUAUUUAAUCCUAACAAACCUAAAAAUAGACAGAUAGCCAGUGUCCAUAUAAGAAUAAGUGUAAAGUAUUUUAUUAAGGCAGAACAGGAGUGAUGAACUAUUAACCAGAAUGAUAUGUGAAUAGAUCACAGUGCCAAGAAGAGAUAAUUUUAACAAAAGGCUGUAAAUGCAAAGAAUGAAUGAAUGAUAAUAGUACAUUAAAGAGGACUGACUCAAUGGACAUUUCUUGUUCAGAUUUCUUUUUAUGGGAAUUCUGAAUCUAGGAAUAAAAUUGUGCAUUAAUUCAAAUUUGAGAAACGAAGACAAAAAACUUUCACAGAGAGAUACAAAACAAGCUUUUGUCUGAAGCUAAAAUGUCCACAGGGGAACUAAUUUUCCUUUAAAAAGUUGUAAAAUUAUAAUAGCAUCCUAUUUUCUGUACAAUAAGAAUAACCCAGUGUCGGCACAAAUAGAAAUUAGCAUUAAACACUCUAAUGGAUGCUACUGCAGUCUACAAGAUUGGUGUAGCUACUCCCAAGCCUAAUUAUAACUUUUGGCAUCUAUGAAAUGUUAUGUUGUAAACUAUUCUAUUUGGAAAGCCUAGGGGAAAUGAUAGAGCAUAAACUGCUUAUAGAAGAUCCCAACUGAUAAUUCUAGCUGGAAGAAUAUGAUAGCUGGCUGAAAAAAAUAACUUCUUGAGGCCAGAAAACCAUGCCAGUUAAAGCUGACUAACCAAGACUAAAUGAUCCAAGGGACAAAGCCCUUUCUCCCAACCCUUCGUAGUGGUCUGGAUGACAAAUCAUCUGGCUGCUGAUGCCAUGCACAGUAUAUUCUUCUUAACCCCAAUUUAGGUGGAUUUAGCUUCACAGCUUCCAGUCAUUGACCUCUAAUUUUGUGAUGCAUUGUGCAUCACAAACUUUGGUUUACUAGGAUCUGAUGUUUCUCCUAUCCAUUGCUGCUGUUUUAGAAAUCAUAUUUGCCAGCUGCAUGGGUGCCUGUGGAGAGGUCAAUGAGGGGGAAAUGACAACUUGUACCAUGUCAUCAUACAAAUAAUAGAAUGUGUAUAUUUGUGUGAGUCAUGAUGUAAGUACCCAAUUGCAUCAUUUGCAUGAUGCAAGUAUCUAAUUGCAUCAUUUCCAUGAUGGUGCACUUAUCAUUUUGAUGUCAUUGGUUUGUUAUAGAUGCCUUCUGUGGUUGGUGAAUGUAAGAGACCAGAAUGCCCCUUUUCCUAAAUAUGUGCUAUGUCUUUUCCAAACUGCUUACAGUGAUGCUGACUAGGUUCUCACAUUAUGCUAACCCAUAAAAUGGUUUGAGGGUUUUGUUAUAGCACAUUAUAUGAACUCAGUAAUUGUUUUUUGUAAAGCAUAGGUUAUGGUUUAGCAAGAUGCAUGAACAUUAUCACUGUAGCUUAUUCAAGUAAUAUGGGAACCCUGCUUGUGUGUUUGCUUUAACGGUCAUUCUGAUGCAAGAUCUGUCAACACCGUACGUGAAUAGGACACCUAAAACAGCUAAUGAUCUUUUUGCACUUCUACUUUUUUGCUAUAUAGUAUUCUUUGUAUGUUGCAACAUACCCGUGAAAUUACUUGUUUUUGGGUGCAUAUAGUCCAGAGAGAUUAUUUGCCCUCUUCUGCUAAAGCUGUUCAAAUUAUGUGCAUCUGCUGUAUUUGGGCUCACCAUAUGAGCAAAGAAGCUAGUUUCUGGGGCAGAAUUUGCCUUCCUAAGAAUCUGACCAUUCAUUGAUUAAGUACUUUACUCAGUAAGAUUCCAUAGCUUCAAAGUUAUAACUUGAAAUUCAUUCUAUAUAUACUGUAUAUUCUCUGUCAUAUCAAAAUAUGUUUUCAUCUGUGCAUGUAUCAUUUAAUUUUAUUUUGUUAUAUAUUAUCAUAUGUUUUUAUUUCCUUAUGAGUUAAUAUUUUGUUUGUCCUAGGGCCUGGAAAUGCAAAUAUUCAUAAUUUGCAUAGUUUUCAGUCUAAGUUAAAUUAUAUUUACUUCGAUUUAAAUUACAGUCCUAAAGAGAGUUGUCAGUUUUAGUAUAACCAGUGGGACUUCUAUAGAGUGGCUUGACCAUUAGACUCCUGAGCCUAUAUGGAGCUCUAUAUUCAUAGGACUCUUAUUUCUCUUUUGUGAGCAAGGCAUUAAUAUUCACACAGUGAGGAACCUGUGCUGCCUUCCUCAGGCAAGAGAAAGGGAAAAUUCUGCACAUAAUUCUAGACCAUGGGUGCUUCAGUGUUUAUACAUAGAUCCUAUUUCCUCGCUCACUUGAAUAAAUGGCAGCGGCAUUGAGACAUCAUAUUCCAGUAAAUUGCAACUGCAAUUAUUAGUAAAGAACAUUGCAUGUAUACCAGGCUUUCUGCACUCCAGUGAGAUUACUAGAAUGAUUCCAAAAUUGAUGGAGUAUACCAGUUACCUAGGAAGUGUCAAACACAGCUGGCUGACCCAUUUAAUGGUGUAAAUGUUGAUCACUCAGGUCAGAAUUAUCCUAAUGAAUACUAUUUCUCUGGCUCAGCUGGUUUGAGCUCUCAAGGCGUAGACUUAGACCUCCACUUAAGCCAUUUAUUCCUGAGGAGUUUCAUUCAGAUGACUUUUCCACAGGAUCAUUACAAUGCAAUUCAUUAGAUGGCUACAGUUUGAGGAUUGUGUCCAUAAACAGAGUUUCUCUUGAACCCCUUCCAUAUAAACCAAUGAGAUUUACUUGGGAAUAAAUGUGUUUACAAUUGCAAGAAAAAAAUUUCAGUCUCAGGUUCUUGGUUAGUAACUGGCUGAUUCAAUGAGGACACAUGGUUAGUAACAGCACUCAAACCCAAUUGAUGGAGUCAACAUUUAUAUCCAUGUUAUUGUAUAUCUGCAAUGUAAAUGAUUACUAUUUUAAAUGAUGUGUGUUACAAUUUACUGAAGUGGAUCUCUCAGCUUGGAGCUGAGAUAAAAUGUAGUACGUAGUCUUAAAAGUGUUCCUAGUUGCAAGUGUAAGAGGCCUGUGCUCUUACAUUAUUGUUUGCCAUUUUUUUAAAAAAAAUGUUCAUUAUAGAUGCAUGAGCUGCUAAUCUAAUUAGAGAGACUAAAAGGUAGACAGGAAUUAAAAUAAGUGAUGUGAAUGAGCUGCAUAGUAUAAUAUUUGCAUUUUGCAACCUAAGCGACAAAGCUUGUUGGACAUGAUAUCUUUUAGAUCUCAUUUUUGGAUUGUUUUGAAAAGAAUAUAUGUGAACGUGAAAAGUUUAGAUAAAGUAAACUUUACAUGUAGAGCAGUACAGUGUAAAAGAUUGUGUGGGAAAUUAAAGUUAGAUUUAAUUAGCUUGAUUUAUUUUUUCUUUUUGUUUGUAGUUGUUAGGAAUGAGUGCAUGAUUUCUGCUAAGCUUUAGGUAUGAUAACUCUGUACAUAAUAAUAAAAAAGUGACAAUGAUUAAAUAAUUCUACAUUUUUUGAAUAGGGCUACCAAGAAACAACAAAAAAUGGCUUACUGCUGUGCUCCCAGACAUCAUCUAUUCAGCAAAAGACAUUUGAUCAAGGAUAGUCACUAUUAAUAUCUGUAGUUCCAGUUGCUGUUAGUCACAACAAAAAGGCCAGUAUA